ACCCUCGGGCUCACAGCUGACCUCCCAAUCUUGCCCUUUUCUUGGAAGGACUCAUUAUAAUGGUGCAUUUGAGGCUCAUCUGGCGCGAGUCGUCUUGCAGAAGCAUUGAUACUUCAUGGAGUUGCUCCCCAGCUCUAUGGACCCGAGCACCGUCUUCCUGAGAUUGGUUAAGAGGGCAGCAUUCCAGAUCGUCGGAUCCCAUCAGCUCAUCCCAAAUAUAUUCCUAGCCUUCAUUCGAGUCUCAGGAAACAACAAUCUUCACUCCCAAGUCCUUCAAACAUGGCUUACCUUUUUACUCGUUUGACCCUCUCAAUAGCUUUCCUUUUGGCCCAACUCUCUGUUCUCAGUAUGGUAGCCCCGGAAGAAUCUCCAGCCCAGACCUGUUGUCCAGGAGAUUUAACCUGCUCUGGAUGUUGGAUGUGCCCAGAGUCUGACCUUGGGAAGUGUUGGGCUACAGCCGUGAAAGAAAUCGACGAAUGCGUUAUAACCGAUGAUUUGCCAAAAUCAGCCGACACCUUCUGUCGUGCCUUCGCCAAACUCGCUAAAUGCUGGUCGACUGGACUUUGUUGCAGCGAAUACGCCCCCACUCUGGCGGCUGCGACGAAUCUUUGUAACUUGAAAACGUGGAGCUCAGAGCUCAUCACACGAGAGGAACUCGAAAAAUAUAUCGAGAUAGCCAACGCGACUCGGGACGCGAUCUGGAAUAAUGACUCCGGGAUAGAUGUGCCGAAAUUGACUGUUUCGGUCGAAGCAAACACCUCAAAUUCUACCGAAUCGAGCCCGUCGAACUCCACCGAAUCGAGCCCAUCGAUUUCCACCGAAUCGACCCAAGCGAACUCCACCGAGGUCAAGACCAAUCCGGAAUCCACCAAUUCGACCCAGCACACGUACGAAAAGAAGUCCGUAGUGAACCCCAGUCAAGCCGAUGACGAUGAGCAACAAACCAAUCCGCGCGAGAAAAUUGAUGAUCGCAGACUCAGCAGCGACCGUGAAGGCAAGAAAGACUCCGAAAAAGCCAAUCACCGCUCUCAAUCUAAUGAGAAGGCAAACGAAACCUCAAAAAAUAGCCAAAAUUGCGCGGUCAAGGCAAACAAGCACCGAACCAAGGUUGCUGAUCAGCACCAUAAGUCCCGAUCGAGCAAGACCAAGAAAAGUCUCUCUAAGCGCGUCGAAAACCCUUUCCACAAACGCCGAAUGUACCACCACCAGCACCAUCCUGACCUCUUCAAGCGCACCGCACCAGGUGAGGGCGGGUGCGGGCUCGACUUUCAAGGCGUGGCCUACCCUACAGAGGUCCCUCAGACCGUUGCCCAGAUCUUUUCUGAGCUUUGAUCAACCCAACUAGACCUCCUGGACAUUCAUUAUUUCAUUUUAUUUAUGGAGUUUCAUAGCUCUUAGGCCUGGUUCAAUACAGAUUUUAUGUCCUGUUUAACAGCCAUCAUCUGCGCCUUUCAAAAAUUUCCCUUUCUUAUUCCACCUUAUCUUUUCUUACCAGUCGUGGCAAGAUUCCACAUUUAUAUUCAACCCCUCUUACCAUGUAGAAAGAGUGUGCUAUUAGAUUUAUUUAUUGAUUAACACUAGAUUAGAGCUUAAUUAUGACUUUUUACUUCCUCUUGAUUUGACUUUAUGAUUUACUUUGAUAUUGUAUGCCUUGUGAUUCUAGCUUGUAGCACUAAACUUGUUCAGGUUUCUGUGUUGCCUGUAUAUAGUCCACGGAAUCCCAUACCAUUUAAGCUUUUAUGACCAAUACCAGCUAACAAAAGUGUGUGGGAGCUUGUUG